AGACGUCGUUACGUCUAUGGUUACCGCUUCCUCCUGACAUAAAAAAACGUUAAAGUGGCGGACGGCACGUAAUGACCGGAGCACGUACGAACUCUCCGGCAGAAGAAGAAAUUCUUUAAACAACAAAGCAAACGACGAACAGAGGUUACAGUGGAUUUAAAGCUGCCAGUGCUCUUUUAAAAAACCGACGGUUAGGAUCUUCAAAUGUUUGAAGACAGAUGUUUGACGGCUAACGGCUAAGAAGCUAAGAGCAUUUCAAUCGGAUUUUAUUUGAUCUCCACCUCAACCAUUAAACGCUAAAUACGAGCGUUUCUUUCGUUUCGAGGCCGUUAUGAUCCAUCUCUUCGAGCCCAUGGACGAGGCUUCCCCGCCGUCUCUGACCGAUCUGUGCAUGACUCUGGUGAGCUCCAGGCUGGAGCUCUUCUGUGAGAUGCGUGAUGACGGCUCGCUCUCCUUCCGUGAGCCGCUGGUCUUCCCUCAGGAGCUGGCCGACCAACUGCUAUGUAAGAUGGCCACUGAGGGCCUAUUGAAUGACAGCACAGUGGGAAUCUUCCGAAGCUGCCAGCAGUUCCGGUUGCGGCACGCCUGCAUCCGCACGGCGCGCAUCUCCGCCGAGGCCUUCCAGCGUGCCCUCUGCCCACACCGCCUCGUGGAGCUAGACGCUUCACGGGUCAACGCAGACCUCACCAUUGCUGACAUCCUUCGAGUUUUAUCAUCCAAUAAAACCUUGCAGGAGAGUCUGCAGCGGCUCGUCCUGAACGGCCUGACCAUGUCUUCUCUGGAGGAGCCCAGCCGUCGCUGUUUCAGUGCCAUGCAGGUGCUGCGUGCACUCAGCGUGUCCAGCGUGGACUUCUAUGACUGGGGCUUGGUGGACGUGUGCACGCUGCCUCGCCUGGAGAGUCUGGAUAUCUCCAACACCUCAGUGACGAACCUGACCCCGCUCCUGGGCUUGAGGAGCAGGCUGCGCUAUCUCACCAUGCACCAGCUCAAGAGGCUGGAGAUGACCACCGCUCAACUGCUAGCUGUGCUCAGUCAGCUUGAAGCUUUACAGCACCUGGACAUCUCAGAUGAUAAGCAGUUCACAUCGGACGUGGCGCGGCAGCUGCUGGAGACUCCUGGCAUCCUGCCCCAGCUGGUGUCUCUGGACGUGUCUGGCCGUAAGCUGGUGACCGAUGCAGCGGUCAGGGCUUUCGUGGAGGCCAGACCGGGCAUGACAUUCGUUGGUCUGCUGGCCACCGAUGCCGGAUUCUCUGACUUCCUGUCUGGAGAGGGCAGCUUAAAGGUGACUGGAGAGGCCAAUGAGACUCAGAUCUGUGAGGCGUUGAGAAGAUACAGUGAGAGAGAGGGGUUUGUCAGAGAAGCUCUCUUCCACCUCUUCAGCCUCACUCAUGCCAUGGAGAAACCAAGGCCUGACAUCCUGAAGUUGGUAGCGCUGGGGAUGAAGAAUCAUCCGGCCACACUGAACGUGCAGCUGGCAGCCAGUGCCUGUGUGUUCAACCUCACCAAACAGGAACUGGCCUUCGGAAUCCCUGUACGACUCCUGGGGAACAUCACGCAGCUGCUGCUCGAAGCCAUGAAGACCUUCCCCAACCACCAGCAGCUGCAGAAGAACUGCCUGCUGUCUCUAUGCAGCGAUCGAAUCUUGCAGGAGGUUCCUUUCAACAGGUUCGAAGCUGCCAAGUUGGUCAUGCAGUGGCUGUGUAACCACGAGGAUCAGAACAUGCAGAGGAUGGCCGUAGCUAUUAUCUCCAUCCUCGCUGCCAAGUUGUCCACUGAGCAAACUGCACAAUUAGGAGCUGAGCUUUUCAUUGUAAAGCAACUCCUGCACAUUGUGCGGCAGAAAACGUGUCAGGCUAUCGUGGAUGCCACGUUGAAGUUCACACUCAGCGCUCUGUGGAACCUCACGGAUGAAUCUCCUACCACCUGCAGACACUUCAUAGAGAACCAGGGACUAGAGCUCUUCAUCAAAGUACUCGAGUCCUUUCCAUCAGAGUCAUCCAUUCAACAGAAGAUCCUGGGUUUACUGAAUAACAUCGCCGAGGUUGGGGAUUUGCACGGUGAGCUGAUGGUUCAGAGUUUUCUGGAGCACAUCCGCUCUCUGCUGAACAGUCCAGAGGUGGAGGUCAGUUAUUUUGCCGCAGGCAUCUUGGCACACCUCACAUCACGGGGCGAGAAGGUGUGGACCCUCGACCUGUCACUCAGGACCACGCUGCUGGAGCAACUGCAUUCGGUGAUUCUGAAGUGGCCAGCGCCCGAAUGUGAGAUGGUAGCGUACAGGUCGUUCAACCCUUUCUUCCCUUUACUGAAGUGCUUCCAGACCCCUGGAGUCCAGCUGUGGGCCGCAUGGGCCAUGCAGCACGUCUGCAGCAAAAAUGCGGGGCGGUACUGCAGCAUGCUACUGGAGGAGGGAGGACUGCAGCAGCUAGAGGCAGUGAGGUCACAUCCCAAAACCCACGGCGACGUGCAGCGAUUGGCCGAAAGCAUCCUAGACAGUUUACAUCGCCACAGAGCGCGCACCGGAUUCACAGGACCGCCCAAAAUACACACGCAUAGAGAGAAAAACGUUUCAUGACACAAUUAGUGUUCUCUGGAUAGGAUGCCGCCAAAAACUGGAAGCUUUUUGUAAUUGUUUGUUGACUUGUGCCCAUCCGUAUGACAAUGACGCUCUGCUGCUCUUCAUGUUAGGAGGAAUGUGCGGAUGAAUUACUUUGCAUAUGUUUGCACACAACAGAAUCCGUUAUUUAUUUGACGUAAGAAUUAAGUCUCUUUGAUCUGAGGAAAUGUUUAUUUAGACGCACAGCAGCUCAGAGAGUGCGUUUCUGUUAAAACGUGGGUAUGUGAGAGUUUGUGUGCAUUUGUGUAUUAAGAGCAUGUGCAUCAGAUUGCUAUGUAAGCAUAUUCAGAUUUAGAUGUAACUCAAUUGGAAAUUUCAUUUAUAUGACACAUUUGUGUCCUGUUGGGCAUAAAAUGCAAUAAUACAAAAAAUGACACAACAGAAAGAAACUGUUUUGUAACUUUAAUUGUAGAAUAUGUUAAAUUGCAAAAAGAGAAAAAAAGUGCAUUGAACAGCAUGAGAGCUUUAGGGAUGAAAUUUAUAUUUUAUAGACUGUUUAUCAACCAUGACAGAUGACAGUGUUUAUAAUGUUGUGUUGCACGCGAAGUAUUAUGAUUCCAGAUUUGAGUUGGUUUCAAAAAUGAUUAUAGACCGGAUGCUCAGAUGAAAGAUUCCUCAAGAACCCAGAGCUCUUCAGAAGCAAACGAAACGGGUGGAGAUGAAUACAAAUAAAGUUUUGCCUUUGCUGGAAAGCAGGAGCACAUCAAUAAAUGGAUUGCCUUGUAAACCACGUUGAGAAGUCAAGCAUGUAGACAUAAAAAUGGAUUCAGAUAAACGGCACCUUGUAUAAAAAAAUGUAAAAAAAUGCAAUAGGAAGAACUUUGUUCUCAUCGUGGCAAUUUUGGUGCGCUGGUGAUUUGCCAAACGUCAUUGGAUUUGCCUUCUUGCUAAACAUACUUGCAUUGAACUUGAAGUUUGAUUUUAUUUAACACCAAUGAAGCUGUUAAACAGCAGGUUCAACGUGUCUUGUUUGGAAUUACAAUUAAAAAAGUUAUAUUCCA